GAACAAGUGGAGUACGUGUUCCUCAUCAUCUUCACGGUGGAGACCUUCCUGAAGAUCCUGGCCUACGGUCUGGUGAUGCACCCCAGCUCCUACAUCCGCAACGGCUGGAACCUGCUCGACUUCGUCAUCGUCAUCGUCGGAUUGUUUAGCGUUGUCCUGGAGACGAUGACUCAUAAAUCUGGCGAGGUGGCGACCACGCAUCAUGUGCCGGGGAAACCUGGAGGUCUGGACGUCAAAGCUCUGAGAGCCUUCAGAGUCCUGAGGCCCCUCAGACUGGUGUCUGGAGUCCCAAGUCUGCAGAUUGUGUUGAACUCCAUCAUGAAGGCGAUGGUUCCCCUGCUCCACAUCGCUCUGCUGGUUCUCUUCGUCAUCAUCAUCUACGCCAUCAUCGGUCUGGAGCUCUUCAUCGGACGCAUGCAUCGCACCUGCUACUACAUCGGAGCAGAAACCUUCGUGGAGGACGACCCGGUGCCGUGUGCAUUUGCCGGUCACGGUCGUCAGUGCACCAUUAACGGCUCUGAGUGUCGGGGGAAGUGGGACGGUCCCAACGGAGGAAUCACAAACUUUGACAACUUUUUCUUCGCCAUGUUGACGGUGUUCCAGUGCAUCACCAUGGAGGGCUGGACCGAUGUCCUCUACUGGAUGAACGAUGCCAUCGGCUUUGAGCUGCCCUGGGUUUAUUUCGUCAGUCUGGUGAUUUUCGGCUCCUUCUUCGUUCUCAACCUGGUUCUGGGAGUCCUCAGCGGAGAGUUCAGUAAGGAGAGGGAGAAGGCGAAGGCUCGGGGAGACUUCCAGAAGCUGAGGGAGAAGCAGCAGAUGGAGGAGGACCUGUGUGGGUACAUGGACUGGAUCACUCAGGCCGAGGACAUGGACGAGCUGGACGAGGACGGAAAUCCAC